GUGCUGCUCUUCCAAUAGCGCCAGAGAGCAAGAGAGGGAAGGAGAGACAGAAAGAGAGAGAGGAAAAACUGAGAGAGUGUGGCUAUCUUCAAAAAAGGGGUGGGAAUGCUAAACCUGGAAGCUGAACAUUUUUCACAAGCCUGUAAACAAGAAUCAAAGUUUGUAAGAGCUUACAGGCAUUAAAAUCCAGUGGAAGAGGAGACCGGUACUGCACGAGUAGCUCGCUUAAAGGUAAAAAGAAAAGAAAAAGCAAGACCAUUUUUCUGUGUACAUAGUGAUCUGCCAAGACCAAGAACAGCCUCAGAAUGGGAGAAGAUGCAGUCCAGGCAGAGAGGAGCAGCAUGGUAAGUGCACAUGAGAGCCAGGAGCUGGUGGUGCCCACCCCUAGUCCCACUCAGUCUUCACCCACCCAUAGCCUCUCCCAACUGGGCACUGCCGCCAUCAACGCCCUAAGUGGAGAACCUAGCAGUCCUGGAGCUCUGGCUGGGGCCACCACAGGCACUCUCACCAGAGAUGGAGCCUCAGCUACAGGCCCGGUGAACGCCAUCACAGUCCUGACCCUUCUAGAUAAGCUGGUAAACAUGCUGGACACAGUGCAGGAGAACCAGCAAAAGAUGGAGAUGAGACAAGUCGAAAUAGAGGGGGCUGUGAGGGGCAUCCAGAAUGAUAUGAUCAAGCUGUCCAAGAGUCACACCUCCACCUCGAACACAGUCAGCAAGCUGCUGGAGAAAAGCCGCAAGGUCAGCGUCCACAUGAAGGAGGUUAAGGACAAGAUGGAUAAGCAGGCCGUCCAGGUGAAGAAAUUGGAGGUCAAUCACACUCACCUGCUCAGGAGGAACAACUUCAAAGUGCUCAUCUUCCAGGAGGAAAAUGAGAUCCCGUCAAGUGUCUUUGUGAAGGAACCUGUGCCGUUACCUGAAGUUGAGGAGGAGGCCCCAGCCAUCGAUGCCAACCGUUCUUUAGAGGAGGGCCUUCACACAAUUGCCCUUUCCUCGGAUGAGGAGCAGGGACCAGAGGAGGAUGAGGAUGAAAUUUUGGCAGUUUUAAACCUUGAAGCUGAGUCCAGAGUUGAAAGAUCUCGAGCUGAGAAGAUCAAGCGUUCCAGUCUGAAGAAAGUGGACAGCCUGAAGAAAGCUUUCUCCAGGCAGAAUAUUGAGAAAAAGAUGAACAAGAUCAGCACCAAGAUUGUGUCACCAGAGCAGCGUGAGAAAAUCAAGAAAAGUCUGACACCAAACCACCAGAAGAACCCUAGUGCCAAGAGUUCUUCCCUCACGGUCUCUCCUCUCACCUUCAACAUCAAGAAGGUUCGCAGCGGGGACGACGAACCAGAGGCUGAGGCUUCAUCUCAACAUGAGAGCUCACCAAGUGCCGUCGCCUCCAUUGAAUUGGCUCCAAUUGAGAGCCCAACUGAAGACCUGCCCUUCAAAGAGGUUCACUCCCAGCUUGCACCGGGACAGGAGGAAGUUAAGGUGGCUGUGGAGGCAAUGGAGAAGGAGGUGCCCAGCAUCCUGAAUGGCACAGCUGAGGUUGAGCCUGAGCUGUCAAUCAUAGAAGAUGAAAGUGAGGAGUAUGCCAAUUCUGCGACACUGCCCCAGGAUGCCUCCCAGAUAGAGUUGUCCCAGAAUGCUUUACAGGGAGAGAAUGAAGAGGAAGGUGAUAAGGAAAAAGGAAAGGAAGGCAUGCAGGAUGAAGAGAGCCAUGUAGCAGAAGCUGCAGCUGCAGGCCAAGCAGAGGGUGUUGCUCUCAUGCAAGCAUCCUAAUGUCCUGACCCCCAUUCCAGCCUUGACACCCUCCUAAGCUGAGAAAACACUCUUUCCCUAAUCAGUGCCAGCCAUCCCCCCAAAUACCCAGACAUCUGCCCAGUCUUGGUAGAGUACAGUCCUUGCAGAGAUUUCUGUGUCAUAUCACAAUACUUUGAAUUGAAUAUAUUCAAAGGCAAAAUUCAUGGACUAUGAUAUAUUUGCUUAGCAGGCCCCUUAAUCCUCUUGUUAGUCCUUAGUCCUUUAACCAUUUAGUGCUUUUUUUAAAGAAGUCAAUGUAAAAGCAGUCUUAUCAAUUCAACUUAUCCAGCAGUCUGUAAAUAAACGUUUUACUUGGGAGAACUCACUCAAGCUGAUACUACUCUACAUUAAUCUUAAGCUGUUGGUCAGACAGCAUUUAUGUUUUUUGUCCACCCUGUCGUGGUGCCUACCUGUCAGCUAUGAAAGUGGGAUAAGGAAAAUAAAAUGCUUGCAGCCAAAAAAAUCAGCAGGUGCCAAGUGCACUCCAUCUACCCAAAGGGUACAUUUUAGCCAUAGCCUGGUUCUCAGCCCACAAUUCAUUUAUUCUGGAACAGCCUGUGCACAGCUGAAAGUGAUAUUGACUAUAUGCAACAUAGAUCAUUUGCAGCAUUAAUGCCCUUUCAUCUGAUUAAUAUAUACAGUAUAUACUGUACAUUAUACAGUAUACCACCAAUGGUAAUGUCUCUGUUUAUCAGAAAUACUGUAUAUAAAGGUUCCAAAAGAAGUUGGAAAGCCAGCUGGAAAGAGUAUUGUACAUAAACUACAAACAUAUCUAGAUUUAUGUUUUGUAGUGAAGAAUAAACUAUCAAAUUACCCUUCUUUGUCCUAAGCACACACAACAAAGUAUCAGUGUUCUGUGUUUGGCUUGCUUCAAAUAUGAAAUACUUCUUACAUGGGGGAUCCUGGUCUUCCCUGAGUUCCACAUAUGUCUCAAGCCUUACUCAGAAAGCAUUCCUGCUUUUGAUAUAUGGCUCUUUCUGAGACCAUUUCUCAAGCUCCUGUUGGCAUGGUGUUGGCUGAGGAAGGCCUUGAACAUGCACUGUGGGGCCAGUCUAGAUUACAGGCAUUUUUCUGGAAGUGAUGAUGGAAACUUUCAGCCAAGUUGGAUGCAAAUUAGCACAAAGAGGUAUGGAGAGUGGUGGAGAUCAGAAAAAGUGAGAAAGGAAAAAAAAAACUCUUUUGACUGUUGAACUGAAUUCAUGUUUUAAAAAUUAUAGAGGACCCAGAAUACCCCCACCUUUAUAUUUUUAUAAGUAAUACAUUUAACUAAUAUUUGUGCACACUAUGCCAUUCACUACCACACACACCCUAAUAAAAUGGUGCUGUAAAAGAAAAUCUCUUAAAGAAAAGCAAAGCAAGAGAAACAGCACUGACCCAACAAAUGGGUCUGAAAAUUGUAUUUUGAGGAAAUGAGAGUUUUUGUUCUUACCGUUUGUUCUGAAUAAUAAUAUAACACUAUAACAUAAGUCAGAGUAAAUGAGAAUCACUUUUUGUGUUUGUAAUGUGAAUUGUGCUUUUUGCACAAUAAAAAAAGUUGAGUGAUUUGACCAUAUUUUCAAUUCAACAUUCCAAUGCUGAACAAAAACAUAAAAGUGUGUAUCUUUGCUUUGAGUGGUUGUCUCUUUCAGAUGUGAAAAGGGACGAGGUUUUACUUCUUUUGAGUCUUAAAAAAAUAACAAACGUUAAUUCGUUUUUGCUUAUGCUUGUAAUCCCUAAUCCAUAUUUGCAUAGCUUUUAAAAUUUUAAUUGCAUCAGUGACUUCAUAAUCCAUAAAAGAGCUAAAUGUUUUCAGGGUUAUCAUAUUUUAGAAGACCUAUGCGAAAGAAAAGGCUUAUCUACAGCAGACACCUCACAAUGUUUCUGUGACACCUGUUUACCUACUUGAUAUUGAAGCACGCUCUGUUCUUAUAAUGCAAAUAAAUAAAAUUUUGAACCAGG